AUGGCCCACCUGGGAGCCCAUUUUGCCUUUAGAUCCCGCUGGCAGAAGACGGAUGAUGAACUCUGUCGACAUAGCACGUCCUUUAUCCUUCACAGAGCCAUUCGCAAUGACUUCUUUCAGAGCUAUCUCUACCUGCUGGAAAAAAUUCCCCUGGUGAAACUGUAUGCUUUAACAAGUCAAGUCAUCAAUGGUGAGAUGCAGUUCUAUGCCAGAGCUAAACUUUUCUACCAAGAAGUACCAGCUACAGAAGAGGGUAUGAUGGGAAAUUUCAUUGAACUGUCCAACCCAGAUAUCCAGGCCUCUCGGGAAUUUCUUAGGAAAUUUGUUGGGGGGCCUGGGAGAGCUGGGACGGACUGCGCCUUGGAUUGCGGCUCCGGGAUAGGAAGGGUCAGCAAGCAUGUCUUGUUGCCAGUUUUCAACAGUGUGGAGCUGGUGGACAUGAUGGAAUCGUUCCUCCUCGAAGCCCAGAACUACCUGCAGGUCAAAGGGGACAAGGUAGAGAGCUACCACUGCUACAGCCUGCAGGAAUUCACACCUCCGCUGGGGAGAUACGAUGUCAUCUGGAUUCAGUGGGUCUCUGGGUACCUGACCGAUAAAGACCUUCUUGCGUUUCUUUCCCGGUGCCGAGACGGCCUGAAAGAAAACGGCGUCAUCAUACUGAAGGACAAUGUGGCUCGGGAGGGCUGUAUCUUCGAUCUCUCUGACAGCAGUGUGACUCGGGACAUGGACAUCUUCCAGAGCCUCAUUAGGAAGAGUGGGCUGGUGGUUCUGGGCCAGGAGAAGCAGGACGGCUUUCCAGAGCAGUGCUUCCCGGUGUGGAUGUUCGCACUGCACAGCGUGGACACUCCUGGCCAGCAGUGGGAAUGAACGACUGGACUGCACAGUGGUGCUUUGGGACAGAGAUGCUGUCCUCUGAAGUGCCCCUUGUAGUUCAUGGAGGGAUGGAGA